CUUUGGCUCUUCUUCUUUUUUCCCUCCAUUUCUGUCUCUCUCUUGCUUUCAUUGCCCAAUUCAGAUCUCUCUCUCUCUCUCUCUCUCUCUGACUUCCUUGUCUGAUUGCUUUAGAGCUUAUUAGGUUUCCGAUUCUUCUCCGUCGACAAAUUAGGGUUUUGAUUAUUUCAGCUUCUCCAAAGAGUGCUUUUGCAGCAACUGACACUCUCAACUUGAAUUGCCUUCUGAUCCCAUUUUUCAAAUAUUUUGCUAAAAUUAAGUUUCAUCUUAGUCGAUCUUCCCUAGGAUAUAUUUUUCUUAUAAAAAGAUUAGUUUUGAAUAUUUUCCCAUUUUUGGUUAGGCUGUAUUUUGGUUUGGGAUUUCGGGUGCUGAAAUGGCGGGUUCUGAGGGUCCAAACGCUUCUUCCCCGACUCAACAGCCGUCAAAGAAGUACGACACCACGAUAUUUCUUUCCGGGCCCACCCAGUCCGACCUUCAACGAAAUGCCGAACUCGAAAAGUUCUUGAUUGAUUCGAGGCUUUAUGAGAGCACAGACGAAGCUGCAAAGAGAGUAGAGGUUCUUGGCCGCAUUGAUCGGAUUGUGAAAGACUGGGUGAAGCAAUUGACAAGCCAAAGAGGCUACACAGAUCAGAUGGUGGAGGAUGCAAAUGCUGUCAUUUUUACUUUUGGGUCAUAUUGUCUAGGGGUUCAUGGGCCUGGAGCUGACAUAGACACUUUGUGUGUUGGGCCAUCGUAUGUGAAUCGAGAGGAAGAUUUUUUUAUUAUUUUGCAUGAUAUGCUGGCUGAAAUGGAAGAGGUUACUGAACUUCAACCAGUUCCUGAUGCUCAUGUACCCGUCAUGAAAUUCAAGCUCCGGGGAAUAUCAAUAGAUCUUUUGUAUGCAAGCAUAUCUCUUUUGGUUGUUCCAGAGGAUCUGGACAUCUCACAUGAAUCUGUGCUAUUUGAUGUCGAUGAGCAAACUGUUCGAAGUCUGAACGGCUGCAGGGUUGCAGAUCAAAUUCUUAAACUUGUCCCCAAUGUUGAGCAUUUCCGCACGACACUCAGAUGUUUGAAGUUUUGGGCUAAAAGGCGUGGUGUUUAUUCAAAUGUUACUGGAUUCCUGGGUGGUGUAAAUUGGGCUAUAUUAGUUGCUCGGAUAUGUCAGCUUUAUCCCAAUGCAAUUCCUAGCAUGUUGGUUUCUAGAUUUUUCAGAGUAUACACUCAGUGGCGUUGGCCAAAUCCUGUAACUUUAUGUUCAAUUGAAGAGAAUGAACUUGGUUUCCCUACAUGGGAUCCUCGUAAAAACCCUCGUGACCGCUUUCAUCACAUGCCAAUAAUAACUCCUGCGUAUCCUUGCAUGAACUCUAGUUACAAUGUCUCAAUAAGUACUCUACGAGUUAUGACAGAGCAGUUCCACCAUGGUAAUAGGAUAUGUGAGGAGAUUGAGCUGAACAAGACCCAGUGGAGCGCUCUCUUUGAACCUUAUCUUUUUUUUGAGGCAUACAAAAACUAUCUGCAGGUGGACAUAGUUGCAGCUGAUUCUGAUGAUUUGCUGGCGUGGAAGGGGUGGGUAGAAUCCCGGUUUAGACAGCUUACCCUAAAGAUAGAGCGAGACACGAAUGGGAUGCUGCAGUGCCAUCCGUAUCCAAAGGAAUAUGUAGACACAUCCAAGCCAUGCCCACAUUGUGCUUUCUUUAUGGGUUUGCAGAGGAAAGAGGGAGUGAGAGGUCAAGAAGGUCAGCAAUUUGAUAUACGUGGAACAGUUGAUGAGUUCAGGCAAGAAAUAAACAUGUAUAUGUUCUGGAAACCUGGGAUGGACAUAUAUGUUUGUCAUGUUCGCCGGAAGCAGCUUCCUCCCUUUGUUUUCCCUGAUGGGUAUAAACGUCCUCGACCGUUGAGGCAUGCAAGCCAGCAGGAUGAAAGAAACGAUGAAGAUGCUGGGGGAUCUGGUUCUGGGUCUGCUGAACGACAUAUCAAGAGGAAAAUUGAUCCUAAAACAGAGGAUGUGGGGCCAAUCAAACAAGUGAAGCAGACCGCUAUUAGUCCUUCACGUACGGGGUCUGUAUCCCCAUCAAAUAAUGCAGGUAGAUCUGGUGGAACACCUGAUAUCAGCUUCAGUAAUGGCAAUAGAUUAGAGUGUUGGGCAACUGGAGAUGCAGAUAAGAAUUCCGAUGUUAGAUUGCCUGUUAGACAGUUGAAGAGUGAAAAGGAUAGCAUGGGAGACAUGCGGGUGGUUGAAGAUGUUAUGCAUGAAUCAAUCACUAGAAAUGAGUGCACAUCUAUGCUUGUUUCUGAAUUCCCAAGAGUCAGAAAUGAGGUAAAGCCCUAACAGGAUGGUUGUGCGGUAAAGCCAUCUGAACAGUUGGAGAAACCUCUUUCCUGGAAUGAAUUGGUAGUUCCAUGUGCAGUAUCUUUCUCAGAGUCCAAGGAAACAUUAGCCUAAUUGAGGACAGAGCUGGAAAUGUGGCAUUGAUUGACAUGCAGAAUGUGGAGACCAACUGUACUAGGAGACUUCUGAAUUGGACAGCGAAUGCUAUUGGAGUCGACCAAGAACUAGUCAAACCAUGUAGUCAUUGGAGUGGAGCAUGCUGAAUUUGUGUCAGGAUCAACUUCCAGCACUCAGAACCUCAAUUGUGAGUGAGUUUCUUUUGAAAACUGUGGAUUCGAAUUUGUACUGGAUUGAAGUGAGAAAUCUGAAAUUUCUGGAGGAAAUAGUGAGAGAAGGGGAUAUUUGCAGGAUGAUGCACUUCUGGUAGAACCAGAGUCGCUUUCGGAAAAUGGCUCUAUAAAUGCGAAUGGGAGAUUUCAAAAAGCCUUGUCAGAAGAAUUUGAGGUCCUGCACCACUAUACGUGCUUUUUACCAGCAACUGUGCUUAAAACCUUACUAGUUUUGUGUACCCUUCAUUUUUAUCUCAUCCCUCUUCUCCAAUACAUUUUGGGAACCUGACAAGUCUUCUGAUCCUGGAUUUUGUGUUGUAUAGCCAACUUUUGCAAUCUGGAUUGCUGUCAAUUUGGACGAUGGAGCUAGGACAGAAUCUAUGCAUUGGCCAACAGUAAGGCAAGUGUUUGAAACUCAUGAUGAUUUUUAGGCAAAUCAUUAUAUCUUUAUACUGGCCUGUUUGUUUCUGGCUCUUUUGUAACAGGUUGAGUGUGAGGUCAAUUACCUUUUUGAGGUGAGUCAUUCAAGGUGGAGUCUCACUUCUGUAAGGGAAAGAACCAGCACAAUGGUAAGCGCCAUAUUAACUUGCUGGCUUUCAUUAGGGUUUCCAGGUGUGGGUGUGUGUAUGUCUUGCGAAGUGCUGCGGAAGCUUUAGCCAUGCAAACUACUCUGCAUAGCUUGGUGCUUUAGCGUAUGGUCUUGGGCUUCAAUGUGGCUGGUGGCUUAUGGUUUUGGGGCUUCACUGUGGCUGUAAAAAUGUAAGCACCAUAAUUUCAUGGAAGUAUGCUGGUCCUUUGUAGUCUCCAAGGAUCCUGUUAUUUGAGCUGUUGCUAUUUUUCGUUGUGGGUGUGGGAAGUUCCGUAUCUCUGAAUGGAAGUCACUUUAACCAGGCGAAUAGAGUUCAAGAAUUGAGCGGGCGUCUUCGUUCUUGUUUUGGCUCUGUAUAGCACUCAUCAAACUUUUGUAGUUUGUAAAUUCACCAUUGUAAUACAGUUUUUUAAUCAAUACAUUUUUGCAAUCU